CAAAACCUCAGGCUUUUAGGUUUACCACAAAAAUAUAUAUCAGUGAAAAACCCUUUAUCAGUGCAGCAAUUAUCAUGACGGGUAGUCGACUGGCUGACAUUUUUACCACACUACGAUGUUCUGGUCAGUCGCUAGUUUACCUCCAGCAGGGAAAGUGCCUGAAACCAUAUCGGAAUAUUUGCAGAGAUAACAUGGGCCAGAGUCACCUUCAAACGGAUCAGCUUCUCUUCGAGGAGAAGCCACUUCAUGUGCCCUGCCUUUCAGAGAUCCAAAGAGUCAUACAGGGUGCCUUGAGUGAAAAUUUUAAAACUGUUGAUGUUUCCGUGGGUCCCUGUCCGGAUUUAGAGGAACCGCAGUUUGGUCUUGUGGAGAGUGGAUUGGGUGGCAACCCUACUCUACUGGAAGCAGGUGGUCCACCCUAUUUACGUCCUCUAGUGCAGCGGGAGAAACUCUAUAACUUGAAGGAAAUCACUCGAAAAGCCCAAGGAUCUGGCGAGAUUUUCGCCAUUGGGCCAGGAGCAGGUCCUUGGCCCAUUCGCAACUCCAACUGCGAGGGCAUUUUCAACUUUUCCCUGAGCGAAAAGGACGAACUGAAGCAAGGAAGCUACACGGCCACCGUGAGGGGAGAUCAGGAGGAGUGCGUCCUGGAAAGGAUUCCCGAAACCGAAGCCCGUUGCGCCCUGAUCCUGAAUCUAUUCCUCAGCGAGGGAAAACCAGGAGAAGUGCUCAGAAUCUCCGCAAAACAGAGAACAGGAAAAGAAAACUUUGUGGAGUGCAUUCGAAAGGGCUUAGAGCAGCACUUUGGCGACAAAGUGGUGGGUCUGGGUGGCAUCUUUGUGGUGAAGAAGGGCUGUGUCCACCAGCACGUGAUGCGGGACUUCAGUAAGACGCCGAUUCACACCCAAGAGCAGAUCCAAGAGUGGCUCAAGUUCUACGAAAUGCCCGCCCAGCUGAAUGCAGUGGGCACCUUGGUUACCAAAGAUUUGGGACUCGACUUGAGGCUGCAGCACUUCCACUCGUUUUCCUUCGAAAACUGGGGAGGUCAUUACCAUUACGACACCACUCCGGAUGUCGUGGAGUACGAGGCUUAUCUUAACGUGGCCGAACGUGUAAUCCGAGUGGACAGACCAGUGGUAACCGACCAGUUGGGAAGAGACUGAUGGCUUUAUCGGAUCUACAACUGUCAAAUCAAUUUUACCUGCUAAUAAGUGAGCCAAAAAUAAACGCCUUGCGAGCAAAAA